AAGCUGCAUAUUGAUAAUUGAUAUGCCUCGGAAAGAAGACGGGAAAGGAGAAAGACGAAGCAGUGACCAGUGAGACAGUCUCCAUCUCCAGGAUAAGGUUAUAGGCUGUCUGGUUAUGAAGAGAUAAAAUACCUUCCUGCUAUAGGACAUGUAUUCUAUUGCCACAUUGCAGCCUUGAAAGACGCAUAUGGCAGGGUUGUUGCCUGGAGAAUCCUCACAUAAUGCAACAUCUGAGGAUGGGCCAUCAUGGUAUCUUUCAAGAAAAGAAAUAGAAGAAAAUUCUCCAUCAAGAUUAGAUGGCAUUGACUUGAAGAAAGAAACUUACUUCCGGAAGUCAUACUGUACAUUUUUGCAGGAUCUGGGCAUGCGACUAAAAGUACCACAGGUAACAAUAGCCACAGCAAUUAUAUUUUGUCAUCGGUUCUUUAUCCGUCAAUCACAUGCAAAGAAUGAUAGAAGGACUAUUGCAACUGUGUGUAUGUUCCUUGCUGGGAAGGUUGAAGAGACUCCUCGACCACUAAAGGAUGUUAUUCUUGUAUCUUAUGAGAUAAUAAACAAAAAGGAUCCUGCUGCAGCUCAGAAGAUAAAACAGAAGGAAGUAUAUGAGCAACAAAAAGAACUAAUCUUACUUGGAGAGAGGGUUGUACUUGCCACCCUUGGUUUUGACCUCAACGUUCAUCACCCAUAUAAACCUCUUGUUGAAGCAAUAAAGAAAUUCAAGGUUGCACAGAAUGCCCUUGCUCAGGUCGCAUGGAAUUUUGUUAAUGAUGGGCUGAGGACAUCGCUCUGCCUGCAAUUUAAGCCCCACCACAUUGCAGCAGGAGCCAUUUUCCUAGCUGCAAAGUUCCUCAAAGUGAAGCUUCCUUCCGAAGGUGAGAAGGUCUGGUGGCAAGAAUUUGAUGUCACUCCUCGCCAAUUGGAGGAGGUUAGCAAUCAAAUGCUGGAACUUUAUGAGCAAAACCGAGUGCCUGCAUCACAGGGUAGUGAAGUGGAAGGAAGUGCUGGUGGUGGAUCAACUCACAGGGCCCCUGCCAAAGCUCCAGCAGUGAGUGAGGAACAGGUAUCCAAACAAAUACCAUCAAGAGCAGCUCACGACCACUCUUCUUCUGAUAAUCAUGGGGUUCCAUCAAGAAACACACAAAAUCAAACUAACGAUGAUGGUAGUGGAGAGAUGGGAAAUGUUAGCACUGAUCACAAGGUGGACAUAGACCCCAAGGACAGUCAGCAUUCUGAGCAUUUGUCCCACCAGGAAAGAGUUGGUGGAAGGAAUGAAAGCACUGAAGCAGGAGAGUGGAGGGAUGACGGGACGUCACGCAAGUCAACCAACCUGGUUGGGCGAAACUUGGACAAUCGAGAAGGCCCAGUGAGCCAGUCCCCCAAGGAAGCUAUCAAAAUUGACAAAGAUAAGUUGAAGGCUGCACUCGAGAAAAGGAGGAAGUCUCGUGGUGAGACAAUGAAGAAGAAGGAUGUCAUGGAUGAAGAUGAUCUUAUUGAGAAGGAGCUAGAAGAUGGGAUUGAAAUGGCUGUUGAAGAUGAGAAAAGCAGGAAAGAGCGCAGGCAAAGCUGGUCUAAGAAUGAGAAUCAGAAUCAUGCCAAGGACCAUGGGGAAGGGACAGAUGGGAAUCAUUUUGGUAUUAAAGGACAGUCAUCUAGGGGAUUUGAAGCAGAGGGCGCUGAAGAAGGGGAAAUGGUAGAUCAUGCUUCUCCCAUGAUGAAUAGCCGAAAGAGAAAAGCUGGAAGUCCAUCUGAGAGGCAGUCAGAGGGAAAGAAACGGCAUGAGUACAUGUCAAAUUACAACUAUGACAGCGUUGAGGAUGGACAUAAAAUGAGUCGGGCUAGUUAUGCAGACAAGGAGCACAGAAGGCAUGCACACGAGAAUCACUUGUGAGUUCAGUAAUACUUCUAUUAGGCCUGCAUUAUUCUUAUGAUCUUUGAACAAUCAUUACUGACCAUCAUUAUAGCCCUUUGGAGUCUGAUUGCCCACAUGAUUGGUACUAUCCGCCAAAAUAGAUACAUUGCUGAAUUGUACUAAACCUAAUAUGAUUUUUGGUUGUAAUGGUAUGCUAGAAAUGAGGAAACUCCAGCCUCCAGCCUCCAGAAUGUCAAUGAUAUUGGAGAAAGUAAAGAAGCAGUUUUAUUUAUUUUACCUGGUUAAAAAAAAGAAGGAAAGAAAAAAAAGAGAGAAAAUUAUUGAGCCUAGACUGAUUUAUCCGGUGUCAUCUUCUUCCCCUCUCAUGAGUUAAUGUCUUCUAUUUUUGCAUGUUUUAGUUAUAUCCCACGUUAGAAGGCGUAACUUUGUAAUUUUGCUUAAUCCUAAUUACUCAAAUUGUACCUUGGUAAAUAAAUUGUUAGAAAAACUCAGUUUUGCUAUAUAUUGUUCACAGUUGAACUGUUGUCUGUCUUGUAUAAGUAUUGUUCUGCCUCCAUAUUUGUCUUAUGGAUUGAAUUGCGCUAUCAGGUGCAGUUAAUCAGGAUUU